UCGACUGUAGGAGGUUCCUCAACACUGCAUUUGCAGUCCAUUGGCCAAUGUUUCAUCUACAAAUAUUUACAGCUAAAAUACAGUUCAGACUUGAGGGAGGAGAUAAAUUGUGUGGGAAGGAGAGGUGGUUGGCUGCUGUGUUAUCAUCGUCCAGGAGCGGGGAGGAGGGAUUACAUGCCCAGUCAGUCCGACGGAACAUCCUGCAAGCACAUUUGAGAUUCUGCACAGAACUCAACGCAGACCCACAAGACCGCCACCCAUGCUUGCCAAAAGGAAUGCAGCCCGUUUCCAUUUUCACGCUGGUGAAAAGUUGCGUUGAAGUGGUGUAGCGGCCACCUCCGUCGUUUUUUUGGGCAGCAAUAUUGCUCGGACCGAACUUACAGGUCGUUUUUUGGGACUGUUGGACUUAUGUGUUUAUGUUUGAGCGCACGGCGGUGGGACAUCCGGAAUGGGGAAUCCGUAGACGGAGACUCGCACGCACGCAGGCACAAGAUGGACCUGAAGGGAACGAAAUUUGGAAAGUUCAUGAAUUGCAGGGUGCCAUCCAACAAGCGAUACCAGCCGACUGAUUAUGAACAUGCUGCUAACUGUGCCACGCAUGGGUUCUGGAUCCUACCGAGCAUGCUGGGUGGUUCCUUGCUGUACUUCCUGUCGGGGGACCAAUGGCAUCGUGUCGCUGCUUGGCUUUAUGGCAGCGGACUCACUGGCCUCUUUGUCACCUCGACGCUCUUCCAUGCAGCAGCCUGGAAAAUCAGCCACCUCAGGAAAGUGGAGCAACUUUUCCACAUGUGUGACCGAAUGGCCAUCUACUUCUUCAUAGCGGCCUCCUACUCUCCCUGGUUGAUGCUGAGGGAGCUGGGCCCGUGGGCGUGCCACAUGCGCUGGCUGAUCUGGGUCAUGGCUUGUUCCGGAUCCUUCUACGUCUUCUUUUUCCAUGAGAGGUAUAAGCUGGUGGAGUUGCUGGGAUAUGUCGCCAUGGGGGCUGUUCCUGCUCUGGUUAUUCUGUCUAUGGUGGACCACGCAGGCGUGUGUGAACUUGCCAUGGGGGGAUUCUUCUACGUGGUGGGCGUGGCCUUCUUCAAGAGUGAUGGCUUUGUCCCAUUCGCCCACGCCAUUUGGCAUCUUUUCGUGGCAGCCGGAGCAGGCAUUCACUACUACGCCAUCUGGAGGUAUCUCUACUUGCCUCGGCCCCUGCCGGAGACCUCCAGGUGAUGGUGAGCCGUUCUCACGCUGAGUUACUGGCUGAGAAAACACAAGUGCAGUGGUGAAAAUAAAAGUGGUCUGAAAUAAAUAGCUCGCAUGCCAUUUGAGAAGUCAGAGAUGAUAGAACCUGACCGCUUUCAAAUCGUCCUCAAUGAUGAUGAAACACAGCGACUUUAACAUGAAUCACUAAUUCUGUUUUUAUGAAUUAUUUUUGGAAGGACAAAUCCGAGGUAGCGCGAAUGUAAUUUUGUUUCAUGACCUCAUAGGUACAGCAUCACUUUGGAAACAGGUUCAGAUGACCAAUGUUUGGUCAAAGAGAGACACUCGGGCAAAUAUUUGUGGAUACAUUUCUUAUUAAUGUUAUACUGGUCGAGUCUAGGUCGUUUUAAGGUGAAAUAAAUUUUCUUGCACUUUGUAUCCUUACCACUAAUAAUGUGCCAAAAUUCAUCUCGUUCAAGCUUUUGUUUAUUUGUAAUAGCUGAUUAAAAUCAAAUGUGGAGACUCAAGCCCACACUUUGUGAUUAGAAUUCACUCGCUCAGUUGAGUUUGCGUAACAAUGUUCAUUUGAAGUAGUAAUUCUUAAAAAAUAAAAAUCCAAUGAGUCACAAUUGA